CUUAACUUGCCAAAUACCAAAAACUCACCUGCUUACCACCAACAACCAUAUUCAACCGAUAGUACAACUACUACUGCGCAAGAUACAAACAAAUGUAACAUGAUAUCUUAGUACUAGAUACUCGGUGUACAACUCUUUGUAAAUGACAUUUGUGCCCCUUUGCGCCGCCUUAAUAUUUGCCCAAAACGACACACUCUCUUUGAAUCUCAACAUAUAAAGUUGCAGGCUGCAAUCGCACAAGUACCAGACGACGGCGAUAUGCCGGAAUAUUGUGUGACUGGCGGCACCGGAUUCAUAGCAGCGUACCUCGUCAAGGCGUUGCUUGAACAAGGCCAUACUGUUCGAACCACUGUCAGAGAUCCAGAAAAUGUGGAGAAAGUAGGGUACUUGUUGGAGCUUGAAGGAGCCCACGAUCGACUAAAGCUUAUGAAGGCCAAUUUGAUGGAGGAAGGAAGUUUUGACCAAGCUAUAGAUGGUGUUGAUGGUGUUUUCCACACUGCAUCUCCGGUGGUUGUCCCACAAGACAACAAUAUCCAGGAAACACUAAUUGAUCCAUGCAUAAAGGGCACCAUGAAUGUGCUAAGCUCAUGCAAGAAGGCAAAAAGUGUGAAAAGGGUAGUGCUCACGUCAUCCUGCUCUUCAAUAAGAUACCGUUAUGACGUCCAACAAGUUUCUCCUCUUAAUGAAUCGCAUUGGAGCGACAUUGACUACUGCAAAGAAUACAACCUUUGGUACGCAUAUGCAAAGACAAUAGCAGAGAAAGAUGCAUGGGAUGUAGCAAAGGAAAACGGGAUCGAUCUAGUUGUCGUGAACCCUUCUUAUGUGGUGGGCCCAUUGUUGGCACCACAACCAACGAGUACACUUCUAAUGAUACUGGCCUAUAUUACAGGAACAGUAGGGGAAUACCCGAACACAACAGUAGGAUUUGUGCACAUAGAAGACGUUGUAGCUGCUCAUAUUUUAGCAAUGGAGGAAAAAGAGGCUGAAGGUAGACUCAUAUGUUCAAGCACAGUGGCUCACUGGUCUGAAGUUAUUCAGAUGCUUAAAUCAAAAUACCCAUUUUAUCCAUAUAUAGACAAGUGUAGCAGUCGGAAAGGGGACGACAACCCACAUAGCAUGGAUAGCAGCAAGAUAUUACAACUGGGGUUACCUCCAUUUAAAUCACUUGAGCAAAUGUUUGAUGACUGCAUCAAAAGUUUUCAAAAGAAGGGAUUUCUGGAAGUUUCAUCAUAAUUAAUAAAAUAAGAAUUUCCUAUAAAGGUCAUAUUGAUGUUGAUUUCUUGGUAUAUGAAGUCACGGAAUCUUCGUAGUUGAUGUAAAAAGGAUUAUAUUUAAGAACAUAAAAGACUAAUAUUAAUAAUUGUUGCUACA